AUAGAAUCAGUCUAAAGUCGUGCGUGUUGUAGGGCGGUUGGGUAAUAGCCCUUCAAAAUUUUAAACACCUAACUAGUGGAUUUGUUUGGUGACAAGUUUAGAGAUGAGUUUGUGAUAGUUUAAAAGUAGUUUAAGUAAAUAAAUUAAACAAAAAAUGUACCGUCCAUCGACGUCCAAGGACGGGGAGCGCACGCCCCUGGUCGCACCCACGUAUGUCUUCGAAUCCAGUCUAUCCAGGAGCUACCAGAAGAGGCUCCGCAACUUCCAGUGUAUCUGUUGCGCUAGUCUUAUGAUAAUCCUCGCUAUAUCACUCCUCGUCACCGUAACUUACAACCUAGGUGAUUUUAGCGACGACAACACAACAGAACUGCCUUCAGAAUCCAAUUCUGUAACUUUAUCACCAAUCAGCGUCCCGACACAAGUGACGUCACAAGCUACACCUAUCAGCAGCGCUACGCCUGUAACGUCACAGGCGCCUCCGCCAAUCAACAGCGCCGCUCAAGUGACGUCACAGUCGCCUCGACCAAUCAGCAAUUUGACGCUAAGGUUGUCUCCAGGGAGCCCUAAUGUACCAGUUCCUGUAUUGAUAAGUAAUCAAACUUUAGCGCCGGAGUUGAAGCCGCUGAUGGAAAAGAAAUGGCCUUUGGCAGGUCGAGAACCACCAAAAUGGAGCGGCAAGAACGGGACAGCAGAUAUCCAAGCGGCUGUCGCAUUCGGGAAGAUAGCGUUGAAGAGGAGAAAGGAAGUUGAGAGGAAAAGACGGCCGUUGGAGACGGACACACCAGCGAACAGGGCGCAAAAUGCAGCAGCUACCUCUGAGGAGGUGAAGCCGUGGGCUGAUGCUGCCUAUGCUGCUGAACAAGCCACUAAGCUUCUGGUCGAUGGAGCCCCAAGAACCGAAGGUCGAUCAAAGCGAUCAGUUUCCCCAGGGGCAUCCAACGUCAUGCUUAGCUUCAACCCAGGUCCUAAGAAGAUGAGCACAACAAAAGCAGGGAGUAUAGGAGUUGGCCCUUCCACCAACGGAUCUUUCCCUGAACCUCCGUAUUGCCUGACCGCGGCGCCCUGCCCCCCAUCGAAGUAUAGAUCCAUGGAUGGGACCUGCAAUAACCUGAACAACCCGUUGAGAUGGGGCGUCUCCAGGACCCCCUUCAGAAGGGUAUUGCCUGCUGAUUAUGGUGAUGGCGUGAGUUCACCGCGCACGGGCGUCGACGGCGAACCCUUACCAUCAGCUCGUGACGUCAGCGUGACGGUCCACCGGCCAAGCUACGCUCACGACACGCAGUUCACAGUCAUGUUAGCUGUGUGGGGACAGUUUGUGGACCAUGAUAUUACUGCCACUGCUCUCAGCAAAGGAGAGAACAGCAGUUCGCUUUCCUGCUGCGACCCGUCCCAACCGCCGCAUCCUGAGUGCUUCCCAGUCCAACUGGACGUGGAGGACCCCUUCUAUCAGGAUUAUAACCUCACGUGUAUGGAGUUCGUCAGGUCGGCGCCGGCGCCUAUUUGCCACUUUGGUCCCCGCGAGCAAAUGAACCAAGCCACAGCUUUCAUCGACGGCUCCACAGUAUAUGGGUACGGCGUCAACCGAGCUGCCCAGCUCCGCAGCGGCACAGGCGGCAGACUGAAAAUGCUGAGAGUGGGAGCGAGAGAGCUGCUGCCUCCAUCUACUGACCCUAACGAUGGCUGUAAUACUGCUGAGAUGAAUGCACAAGGCCGGUAUUGCUUUGAGACAGGUGACGACCGCGCCAACGAGAAUCUCCAUUUGACCACGAUGCAUCUAAUCUGGGCGCGCCAACACAACCGGCUGGCGACAGCUUUGGCCCAGCUCAACCCAGCCUGGGACGAUGACACAGUUUACUUCGAAACUCGUAAGAUCCUUGGCGCUCAGAUGCAGCACAUCACUUAUACUGAGUUCCUGCCUGCUAUUCUUGGAAACGAUGUGAUGUGGGCCCUGAACCUAACUGUAAAGGCGGAAGGCUAUGCCACAGUGUACGAUCCAUCAGUAGAUCCUACCGUCGCCAAUCACUUCUCGGCAGCUGUGUUCAGAUUCGCUCAUACCCUCUUACCGGGUCUAAUACACUCGGUGGACGCGAGCACGGGCACCGUGAACUACGUGCAGCUGCACCAGAUGCUGUUCAACCCGUACGCGCUGUACAAGAGCAAGGGGCCCAAGAACGCGGUCAGCUCCGCGCUCAACACCCCGGUGCACGGCGUGGGACCGCACGUCACUACCGAGUUAAACAACCAUCUCUUCGAGCGCACAGUCACGGUGGACAACAGCACUGCAGCAGCCAAAAAGCCUGGACCUUGUGGCCUCGACCUGGUGUCGCUGAACAUCCAGCGAGGGAGAGACCACGGCUUGCCACCGUACCCGCUGUGGAGGGAGCAUUGUGGCUUGUCCAGGCCUAAGAACUUUACAGAUCUCGGGGCAAUAUUCGACGAGUCUUCCUUGAGUCGAAUCUGUAAGAUUUAUAAGUCAGUGGACGACAUAGACCUGUACACGGGCGCGCUGGCUGAGGAUCCGCGCGGGCGGCUGCUGGGCCCGACGCUCAGCUGCCUCAUCGCGGACCAGUUCCUGAGGCUCAAGGUCGGCGACCGCUUCUGGUACGAGACCAACGACACCACCGUCGGAUUCACUGCUGAACAACUCACAGAGAUCCGGAAAACUACCCUCGCUGGGGUCAUCUGUAUCAACGAGGUGCUCCUCGACAAGGCACAGCCAAGGGUCAUGGAAGCCGUCAGCCCCACCAACCCGCUGGUGGACUGCAUGGAGCUACCCCAACCUUCUUUGAAGCCCUGGAAGCAACCAGACGCUCAGGUGAAACCUACCAAAAAGAAGAAGACAUAAAAUAAUAUCCUUGUUUGUAGUUAAUGUGUACUUUUCUCUUUUGCGAGAUCGGUAACCAACAUUCCUAGGAUGAGACGCUAAUUCAGGAUGUCGGAUUUUCUGUGCUCAAGACUUAUUUAAUUUUAUUAUAAUGACCACCAGAUUACAGAUGGCGAUUGGGACGUAGUGCUUCUGGGAUCUUGAAAACGAAUUUCCGCAAUGUUUUUAUUUAUUUGCCAUUCACAUCAUUGGAAUAAUUAGAUCAUAUUCCUACCUUAGAUUCCUACUUAUAUACCUACCUAAGUACCUGUAUAGAUAAAAGGUUUUUUGCUUCAUGAAUUCCUGUAAUUUUCUCUUCUAAACUCUCAACUAUUUAUUUAAUCAAUUUUGUAACAUUUUCACAUAUCUACGUAGAAAUAUGUAAUGGCACAUUUGAUGCAAAAUAACUUUUAUAACUUAACUUUUUUUAUAUAACUAUAGUUAUACAAUAAAGUUAUAAUAAAUAAGAAUAUUUAAACUAUGGGCAUGAACAGAUAGCAGUGAAGUUAGUCUAUGGCACAGAUUUAAAAACAUUUACGUUUAAGACCUACUAAACCCUACCAAGAAUUCAAAUGUAUAAUGAAGAUCUAAAUUAAUACCUAAUACUAUAAAGGUAAGUAUCAAUAAAGUAAUACCUACCACAAACCACUUCUAUGUUAGGUUAGGAAAGGCUUGACUUUAAUUUGAUGUUUUUUUGUAAAUUAAAAUUGUUUUAAAUUCCAUAUUUCAUUUUCUUUUAGUUGUAAUUGUUCUCCAAACUGUAAUGGUAAUACAUUUCCACGAUACAAUGUAACUUAACACGUUUUGUUCUUUAGGCAUAACGAAUGAAAGUUGUUUAAGUUUAGAUAAUUUGCCUUGUAGAUAUUCAUUUUAUAUAGUUCGCUUCGUAGACGAAAUCCAUGGGGACUCCUCUAUUCUCUUAUCCGAGUCGCACAUGACUUAAGCCGCCUGCUGUUAGAAAAUAGCAAUCACUUCUAAAUCCUUCGUAAGUACAAGGCCACAAAGGCGCUAGGUACCUACUAUUUAAAUUCUUAAGUGCAAUUGUGUACCUAUACAAUAGGACAUAGUUAAGUACUUUGUUUUUUAUUUUAAUUAUUGGAACUAGGUAAUUUUACGAAAUCCCGAUCGCAAGAAAUUAUGCUAUAGGUAUUUUAAGCAAAAAUGGAGCACCUGUCGGUAAUCAAUUUGUCCAGAGCAAAAAAUAUUGGGGGCGCCAAAUCUUUUAUAUUUUUCCAGACAAUUUUAAUCGUAUUCGUGUUUUGAAAUAUUAUUUUAAAACAAAUAUAAUUCAUACUUUUUAUAAAUAAUACACACACUUUUAGAUCCGAUGCUUACAAGUCCGAUCACCACGUACCUAAAUAGUUACUUGUCCGGUUUUUUAUUGCCUUUCACGAUUUUUGAAGCAGUCGACGAUCCCAUUUCAUGACUCAUAAUAUAUUAUCAUUGCUGUAUAGCCACAUGUAGGACGAUGGCGUCCUUGCUGGCUCAAACAAACCUACCGUAUGUUCACAUUCCAAAUGCUGUUUGUCAAAUACUAUCACAUCCAUUUACAACCUUAUGUUAUGGAUAUAAAAUUUAUUGUUGUAAUGUGUGACUGCAUAAAAUAAGUAUGCAGGAUGAAUUUGGUGCUGCUGAUGUCAGGACCUGUUAGUAUGUACUGUGCGAAUUGACAGACCUUGGUCUUUGCAUUAUCGUUUGUGUUAUAGGAUGUUAAAAAAAUGCACCCACUGUCCGUCAUAGGUGUGCCUGUGUGCCUAGAAUGUUUGUGUGUGUGUGUUUGUGUAUAUUUGCAGCCGAAAUUAGGCAAACGAGCGCCGAGCGUCUGCAAUUAAUGUUUUAUUUUGUUAAUUAUGACAUUUAUUUAAUCCCAAUUCCAACUAAUAUUAUAAAUGCGAAAGAAAGUUUGCUUGUUCUUCACGUAUUAUCUACUGGACCGAUUGUUAUGAAAUUUGGUACAUGGGUAGAAAAUAACUUGAAAUAACACAUAGGGUAUUUUUUAUCCCGAAAUUCCCACGGGAGCGAAGCCCCGAGGCGCAGCUAGUAAUUAAUAUUGUUAUGCUUAGACUUUCAGUGGAUGUCCUAUCUAAGGAUCGUAUUAAAUGGAGUGCCAUUAUUGUUAUAACUAAGUACACAUUGAAAUUUUACUUUACAAUAUUAACAACCUAGCGUUUCAGAAUAUCAUCAGCAAAAAAAAAAACAAAAAUAAACUCAUUAAACAGUAUUAAUUGAGCAAUUAAGUACUUCAUUUUAUACUUAUGUAUUGAACGAGCACCUGUUUAAAUUAAAACGUGAAUGAGCCCGAAUGAACAGAAAUUGAGAACAAAGUAUGACAUAAGGACCUUUUCGAAAUCGAUCCAGUGUGAUUAGAUGCGGGACAUACGAUAACUGAGGACGAAAGCUGAAAAUUUAAUAGGUAUGGCCUAGUUAAGUAUAUAUAGGACAUGCCUUUCAAUUCCUAUUGCGUUUAUUAUGUACCAACCUACGUAGGUAUAUUUAAAGAAUAUUUGCUAGGUAAUUUAUCGUCAUUCCUAAUUAUCAGAUAAGCUUACAAAAUUCUAGUUUUGAAGAACGUAAUACUAGAUCGGCUCUGAAAAAUUAGGUACCUAAUCAUUUAAUGAAAAAUUCAUAUAAUAUACAUGUCGUUCAAUACCUAGACCCCACCCACUGUCAAUGCCGUAAUAAUCACUGAAUUAAGACAAAUAACAAUUCCCUCCUACCUACUCAUAGAGGAAGGUUAUAUUAUAUCAUCUGCAUGCAUUGCAGUAGCAAUAUAUUAUAUCAUUAGUAGCACAGCCACGGUUGUUUGUAUCGCGCAUGUCACAAAUAUCAUUCUGCAGAUGGGUGGGCGAACUCUAGCCAAUUCAAUGCCAACUUAUUAUAGUUUAGUCUACUCUAUUUUUGUAACUUUAAAUCGAUAGCAUUAUGCACUAUGCUUGAUUGUAUGGGAAGAUCUUAUCGUAAAGCGCUGAUUUAAUAUCUGUGUGCGUAAAUAUAUUGAGCUUUGGUAUUAAUAAUUCUGUAUAAUAUAUUGCACGACCGAUAGCGGUUGUAAAUCGAAACAUACGAUUGUCAAAAUCACAAUGUCAGGGUCGGAUCUAGAAAUGGCGCUAGGUCUGGGGCUCACACUACAAUAUAUACUUACUAUACAAUACUUAUAUGUAUAUACUAUAAAAUAUAUAAUAAACAAUACUUCAAAAUAUUUGUGUUUUCAAUAAAUAAUUAUAUAUUUAUCGUCAGCCUAAAUCAGACUGAUAAGUUGUUACUUUUCAGAAAUGUAUCAUUAUUUAUCCUACAAGUUCUCACCUCGUACGCUCGUACGCUACGCUAAGCAUAUACAAAUAUGCUUAAUCUAAAGUAUUUAUAACUUUAUAAGUUUGUUCUAUAAUAAGUAAUCGCCUAAUGCGGUUAUAUAGUAUCUAAGCCAAUAUGGUACUGUUUUUUCCAAGACCAGCCUUAACAACCUAUUUUUAGUCAACACGAGCAACUGAACCAUACAUUAAUACCAUUAAUGUUGGAAAAGUAAUUCAAUAAGCAACAUUGUAUGAAAAUUAAACUAUUUUAGUUCACUUAGUUCACGGAAUGUUGUGUACCGAACUACCGAUUUCGUGGGAGGGUAGCUCAGUUCGUGCCAAGAAAAUUGCGAUGCUCGCCAGAAAUCACGAUAAAAGAA